GGAUUUCAAAUCACAAACGUGUAAAGUCUCCAUGUUCAGGGUUCCUUUAAGAGGCGGUGCUGCAGUACAGGAAGAAGGUAACCACGCACAAGGAGUAACAAGGGUCCUGACGCGAAGAACAGUAGUUAUGAUGGCUUUGGUGAGUUACAGCAGUUCAGAAGAGGAUGAGGGCGAAACAUCUGAACCCCCAGGAAGGCGUCUUCCUCCUCUUCCUCCUCCAACAACUGUUUUAAGGAUGUUCCAAGAUAUGGAGGGUGAUGAGGACCUUGAUGAGAACACAAAACAUGAAGGCAGAAUUCGCAGCUUCAAACAUGAACGAGGCAACUGGGCUACCUAUGUUUAUAUACCUUUUCAGCCACAAGAGGAGUUUUUGGAUUUGUUGGAUGAACUUGUUUCUGUAGCUGCAGAAAAUGGAGUCCUCUUGACUAAAAUGAGUGAAUUUCAUAUCAGCCAGUCACAAACAGUAGUUCUUCGACAUCACUGGAUCAAUCCAUUUGUAGAAUCACUCAAGGAUAAGCUACACUGCAUGUACAGAUUUCUGUGCAUUGCUGAACGGAUCAAGGUCUACACCAACCAAGAGAAAACCAGAACAUUCCUGGGACUAGAGGUCAGUGUGGGGAUGGAGCAUCUUUUGGAGGUUGUGUCAGAAGUGGACCGGUCCUUGCAGGAAUUUAAUCUGCAAACCUUCUAUCAGGAGCCUUCCUUUCAUGUGAGCCUUGCUUGGUGUGUGGGGGACAAAUAUGAGAAAUUAGAAGGAAGUUGUCUGUUAGAACUUCAGAAAGUCAUAGACAGAUUUGAGGAUUCCGACACACUGACACGGUUUAAUGCUGAAGAGAUUCGUUGCAAAGCUGGAAACAAAACUUUCUGUAUUCCUCUGCUAUAAAUACUGAUUAGUGAAUCUGAAUCUCUACAUACAUUCCAUGGACCAACUCAUAUACAAAAGACUAAUAAAGAGGUCUUUUAGGAGAAAAGCCCCUACCUACUAACCUAGAUAGAACCCCCUACCUGCUCCCCCCCCCCUGCAUAUUACAAUAGCCCUGAAAAUGUCCUUAAAAAAAUUUUCACCAGUGCAGAGUAAGCACAGCGGAGCUUGUGGGAUCCAUCUUCCGGAUCUCUUCAGUAAUCUCCGGCACUUUUGGCGCAUGGCAGUUGCUAUGAACUGGAAGACUGCGCCAAUACGGCACGAUAUUACAGAUGAAGACCAGCAAUCCGGAUGAUAGAUCUGCUGCGCUUACUCUGCACUGAUAGAUGAGAAAUAUUUUAUGGACGUUUUCAGGGCUAUUGAAGUAUGAGGGGGGGGGGAAGCAGGGACUAUCUAGGUUAGUAGGUAGGUGCUCUUCUUAAUUGGGGCUUGAGUUCUCCUUUAAAAGCCAAAGCUCAAGUCGGAUAGCAGGGAUAGAUAACAUUACGCUGCUGUUGAACUGCACUGCAAGACAUGCUGGGAGUUUUUAUUUUCCAACAGCUGGAGCUCCAGAAUUUGCCAUUGCCAAAGGCAGAGGAUAAUGGGUGUAUUGGUCACGAACUGUAUCCAAUGUGAGUGUACAAAGUUACCAACCUCAUGUCUGGCGGCCUUUACAAAAUUCUUUAAUGCACGCAAAGUAAUGGUAUUGUGUGACACUGCAAAUUGUGUUUUUAGUCUAAGUUGAUAUUUGAGUGGCAUUCAGAAUAAGAGUGGUCAGUAUUGUAAAGUACUAUUGAAAUAAAUGUGUUUAUGCUCUUUUCCAAAGAAAGUGCCUGCAACUAACCUUUAACUAUAGCUUUAUUUCUUCACAUUUCAACAAUAAAUCUCACGCACAACUGCCUUACAAA